AUUUCCUACGGCGCUCUGCGACCCACCGACGCAGUGCCUUUUGGGAAAUGAAGUCUUUUUGGUUUUUUCCACAAGCUUGCCGCUCAGCUGGACCCAGGCCCUCGCACCUUGGCAGAUUCGAGGUGCUUGGAGCCUCAGAAACCUGUAUGUGGAGUCCACGUUUGAGGGUGGUACCUGUCUGUUGCCGAGCGUGCCUAUGAGGAUCUCGGGGUGGAAAGUGUACUACAAACUCUCGCAGUCUUCCCGCACAUCGCCUGCAGCCACAGCCUGCCUGGGGUGGGCCUGAUCUGUACCUUUCCCUAGCAGGAGAAUCCCAGGCCGAGCAGAGUCUGGAUGUGGGGGCUCUCGGCCGCCGGAGCUGGGGACGAACCGAGGAAAGAGUGUUAACGAGGGGGUGCCGAGUUCAAAAGUCAGAGAUCAGGGUAGGGAGGAGUUGGCGUGGGGUCUUAAGGGGAGAUUCAGCCACUGCAUUCUCAGGGGAUAUAUUUGUGAAUAAGGGGCUUGAGGGAGAAGUGUAGCCAGCCGGGCAGAUUUCUUAGGGUGCAAUUAGUGACCUCAAGUUCGGUAACAGAAGCAGCAAGGAAAGGGAGACCGGUGUAGUCCCUGGAGGGCGAGGCGAUUUAGAGAGAAGGAGGAGGAAAGGAUUCCCUGGAUAUCCAUUCCCUAAAUUCUGCCGCCACUGUCACCCAGCUGGACCGUCCUCAAUUGUAAGCCAAGGUCUUGGCAGCUUGAAGAGAUGGCCUCUCCCUCUAGACAGCCCCCACCCGGGGGGUCAGGGCUGCUGCAAGGGAGCCGGGCUCGUUCUUAUGGAAGCCUUGUACAAUCAGCCUGCUCACCAGUGAGGGAAAGACGCCUGGAACAUCAGUUGGAGCCUGGAGACACCCUGGCUGGACUAGCACUCAAAUACGGGGUGACGAUGGAACAGAUUAAGCGUACUAACCGCCUUUAUACUAAUGACUCCAUCUUCCUGAAGAAAACCCUCUACAUCCCCAUCCUGACAGAGCCCAGAGACCUGUUUAAUGGUUUGGAUUCUGAGGAAGAACAAGAUGGAGAGGGAGAAGUGCACCAAAGAAAGGAUGAAGUUUGUUCCCACUCAUUGGAGAAGAAGAAUCAAGAGACAGGUUCAGGCCAGACAAAUGGUGAAGCCCUCCCCACACCUCAGGAACCCCACCCACCCGUCCAUGACCUCUCUGCCUCUGAUUUCCUGAAGAAGCUUGACUCACAGAUCAGCCUGUCAAAGAAGGCUGCUGCCCAGAAGUUGAGAAAAGGGGAAAGCGGGGUACCUGGGGAGGAUGCAGAUGUCCACCCAAGCUCCCCUCGGAUGCAGCAACGAGCAGUUCUAGGUCCUGUGCCGCUAACUCGGACCUCUCGGACCCAGACACUACGCGACCAGGAAGAUGAAAUCUUUAAACUCUGAUGUCCCCAAAACUGACAGAAGCAGAGCGUUGAAGGAACAGCGUGAGGGGGAGAGGAGCCUGAGGUGAGGCUCAAGAGCACAUUUUCCCAGCCUGCCUCACCACUCUCCAGCCAUCUUCCCAGCCCCUUUGUCUAUCAAGAACUCCUCCGCAGGGGGCACUUUAGGGAAGUGUAAGGGAUGGAAACAACCUCUUCCCAGUUCUUGGGCUGAAUCCAGAAUUGUCCUAUAGGUUCAGAGGCUCAUUUUUAUGUCCUUGCUGCCUCUCCUGUCACUUUUACCAUUCCCUGAUCUUAAAUCAGGGAAGCAGACACACCCUUCAACUUCCUCCCCAUCUCCAACUAUGUUACCUAAUUUAUUUGGUGCUAUAUUGAAGUCAUAUUUAUUUGCUAUGUCUAACUCCCUCCUCUUGGCUGAAAAAUGGGAUUUCUUUAUCUGUAAAGAGAGGGAAACCUAUGAAUAGUGAGCCAGGGACUGUGGCCCCCUUAUCUUUCCUGUCUCCUCAGCCAGCUUGUUGAGGACAGGGGAGUCAGUGAUGUAGUGUCAGCAUGGAGAAUGGUAGAGUGUACCAAAUCUUUUCCCCAGUCUCAAGGUAAAGGAUAUGGGCUUGGUCAUGGCUAACCAAUUCCCUAUAACUUUUUCACAACUCUCGGCUCUGAGAAAAGGCAGCAGUAUGGGGAACUGAGCUGUCUGUCCCACCACCUCCCCCUUCUGACAAUCCUCUGCUCAGCCUGUGGUGGGGCUAAGGGAUGGAAGAGGAUGUUUUGGGGUUCGGAGGGCAGUUAGUGGGAGUCUCUUUGUUACACAUCCCCAACAGAGUCUGUCUGUCUCUGCCUUGUUCUUCACUUCAUAUUUAUCUGUAAUUUAUAGCACUGAUCUGUAGUACCGUUUGUUUUUUUCUUAAAAUAGAAGAAAUAGGCAAGGGAACCUCAGUAGUACUGGAAAGUUACCUCAGUCUCCUGUUUGGAAAUGGUGAGCUAAGUGAUGUUUCUAUACCUCCUUUCCCUGUGAUGAGCUUGAGGAGUCAGAAGCUGAAGAGAUUAAACCCCAGUGCUGUG